GAAUCAUUUGAGAUCUGGCGCGGAUUUCAAAUGACAACUGUUCGUAAUAUAUUUUGCGUUUUAGCGAUUGCAAGAUGGUUCACACACGUAAUCAUCGUACAUUAAACUCUGUUACAUCCGAAAUCCUGGUUAGUAAUAAUGAUGAUCUGUUAUCAACGACUUCGGAUUAUCCCGUCUCAUCGAAUCGUUCCCGAAAACCAUUUACAAAGAAAGAAAGCCUUGCUAUACUGAAUUAUAUUCAAGAUAAUAACUUACUAUCAUUGUUAAACAAACGUUCAACUUACAGUCAUUUAGAAGCUGUUAAGAUUUCAAAUCACCGUGCAGAAAGCAUACGCAGUCAUGUUCGACACGUUUUGCUUCCUAUGCUUAAAAAUCUUCCAGUUCAGGCAAAUAGAAGCAUUGAUAGUAAAAUUACUACCAAAAAUGAUGAGUGUAAAAAUCUUGAUAACAAUAAUCAAACUUCGAGGAAUGGUUUUUAUCGUAUCGGACGACAGCGAUAUACUUUGAUGGAAGAUGAAGCGAUAAUGAAGUAUUUGUUGGAGAAUAACCUAUGGAGGCAGGUGAGAAGUCGCGCUUUAUGGAAAGAGAUGGCAAAGGAAGGUGUAACUAGCCAUUCAUCAGAAUCAAUGCGGGCGCGCUUUCGUCACCAUUUAGUGAAUUCAGUGUAUGCCCGUUUACUGAAAUCACUUAAAAAAAACGAGCAGGUCGAACUUCAUAAUAUCUUCUUUGGAGGAUCAAAGAAAUAUACCGAUCCAAUGGAAGAAAAUAAAUACAAUGAUGCACUCAGUGAUGAUGGUGUUUGUCACUCAUCUUAUUCGAUUGAUGAAUGUAGUCUGGACUUGAAUAAGUCUAACACAAUUACAACAUGUGUGCUUUUCAGUCAAUCACAUAAGAAUCACUUAGACAAAUCAACCAAUAAAGAAACUUCCCCGACAACUGUUCAAUGCGAUAAAUUCGGGGAUGUAUUACCAGAUCCUACGAAAAGUUUUAGUCCUUCUCUUCGCGAUCAAAUAUCUGUUUGUUCGUAUGAAAGUCCUAAAAGAUUUUGCACUAACUACCCUCGACCACCAACAAUCGUAGCAACAAACACGAAGAAAGCAUCGGAAUCAAGUGACUUACCAAAUGCUUCAACCAGUCUAUCGUCACUUAACGAGUCUCUGUUGGAGCUGAUACAAGGUACUCCAUCCAAAGAUUCCAGUUCACCGUCGAAUUUAUCAUUGAUGACAUCGGAUUCAUCACCUUCAUUUGACCCAAUGAAAUAUCCUGUAUGGGUGUCAAAGUUGAUAAACUGCACUAGUUAUAUAACAACGCCUUUACAGGCUAUGUUGCUUGUCUAUAUGACAAAUGGUUCCGUUGCAGAAGCGUACAACUUUUUGACUACCGGAAAACGUCGUCCAUCAUCAAUAACAAAUUUUAGUCCGCCUCUUUGGUUACCUGAUGAUGAUGAAUGUUUAGGUUCAACUGAUCAAAACAAGCUUGAUGAACUUGUCAGUCGUUUCGGUUGGAUAGAAAUAGUUAAACGUGUUGGCUUUUUACAAAAUAAAAACAAUAUUGAUACUUCUGAUAUCAUUAAAAAAUAGUAUUUCAAAGAUUUCCUACAUAGUUAACGUCUCCUCCAUUUCAUAAAGCAUUGUUGUUAGUAUUUUAUAAUACUGUUCGCUCUAUAUUACCGCGUGUUUAAACAUUUUUUUUCUGUUUAUUUUUUGUAUACAUUUUAUCUAAGAAUUUUGAUUAUUGAUUUUGUUUUAACUUGUUCAGUUUAUUUAGCAUUGGUUAAAAUCUUUGUAAAAAAAUAUCUUUUCAUUUAUAUGUGUGGUUGUGUUUGUUUACUAUCAAGAAGUGUGUGUUUUAUCCAGUUGAUCAAUCUUCAAACGAGUAAUUCAGUGGAAUGUUAAUAAUGACUUAUAAAUCACUUCAUUUCUGAUGUCAUUUAGUUGACUCAAUGAUCUGAACAUUCACGUCCUAACCAUUUGGUGGAAUUUUUAAAUCCUAUCUUAUCCAUUGUCGGUUUGAGGAAUCUGGUUAUUACCUUUACAUCUUUUUAAUAGAUGUAACAUUAGAAGAUUAUAUAUUUCACUACUGAAUUGCACGAAAUUUCCACUGAUAAUGAUUAGGUUUAGUUAUUAUCCAAUAAAUUGUUUUUAUCAAGGUUA